AUGCCCGACACGAAACCUCCGUGGGACGAGCGGACGACGCUGCUUCGGCCGCCGCCACCGGAUCCGAACAAGGCGCCGAUUGAAAACGUGCUGGAAGUGACGGAGCUGGCAGUUCUCGGACCUGACAUCUUUACCAACGCGCGCGAGCCCUGGCACCCACCUGGCGCGCGGGGCAUCUACGGCGGCUCCGUCAUCGCGCAGUGCCUCGCGUCGGCACAAAAGACGGUGCCGGCCGACUUUCUCGUGCACUCGUGCCACUGCUACUUCCUGCUGGCGGGCUCGGGGACGACGCCGAUUCUGUUCCACGUGGAGCGCGUGCGGGACGGGCGAUCGUUUGCGACGCGGACGGUGCAGGCGCGCCAGCGCGGACGGUGCAUCUUCACGACGACGAUUUCGUUUACGCGCGAGGGCAGCGCCGGGGAGGGCCAGGUGCACCACGCGGCGACGCUGCCGGCGGGGGUGGCGCCGCCGCCCGAGGACUGGGACGGCGAGGCCAAGUGGGAGAAGCACAGCCCGGUGCAGUCGCUGACGGUGGCGCGCAGCGCGCAGCACGACACGGGCGCCAUGGACCAGCGGCGGCACAUGCGGUGGUCGCGCAUGCGCGGCGCCAUCUCGCCCGCGGGCGGGCACCAGGCGCACCUCAACGCGCUGGCGUACAUGUCGGACAGCUGGUUCAUCGGGACCGUGUCGCGGCUGCACCAGCUGUGGCGCAUGCCGUUUGCGCCGGCCGACGUGCCGGACCUGCCGGACAAUGUGCGCGCGCAGGUCGAAAACAUACUCGAGAGCGACGGCUUCAGCGGCGACGACGUGGCCGCGUGGGAGCGCCAGCCCAAGCUCGGCAUGAUGGUCAGCCUCGACCACAGCAUCUACUUCCACGAGCCCAAGAGGGUCCAGGCCGACGAGUGGAUGCUGAGCGAGAUGCAGAGCCCGUGGAGCGGCGACGGCCGCGGCUUCGUGGUGCAAAAGAUUUUCGCAAAGGACGGGACGCUGCUGGCGAGCUGCAUGCAAGAGGGCGUCGUGAGGCUGGACAACAAGGGCCGGGAAAAGGCGGCCAAGAUGUAG